AUGCCCACCGCAAGUGAUAUCUCUGCUUUCGAGCACUCCGUCGAACCAGCUCCAGCUGAAACGCUCUUUCGUGAUAAGAAAUGGACCUAUAUUCAGGAUUCGACUAGUAACACUGUUAAAUACGCUGGUCAAAUUCAAUUCAACCUAUCCACGAUCUCUUCUCAAGCUGCGUUUGUCAACUGGGAAGAGGCCGUCAUUGAUCUUCCAAUCAAGCUUCAGAUUCCCAAUGCUGGAGAAUCUUCUGUUACCUCGACCGCUGCUUGUACCGUUGAUCAGCUUGUUCCUAAGGCAGAUGCCUGGCAAUUCAUUGAUUCCGUUCAAGUUGUUGUAGAUGGCGAGACCGUUCAGACGAAUCAAGUUCAUGAAAAUCAACUUCGUGCUAGAUGA